GGUCCUCAAGAUAAGUUUAUAAUAAAGUCCUGACCUCAGGUAGAGAAAGCUAAAGGAAUAUUGUCUCAGGAAUUCAGAGUAAGGCUGUAGCUGUGCAGGGUCCUGUUAGGGUGCCGGCUGCAGCAUCAAGGUCUCAGUGUGCAUUACAGCAAGAAUGUUAUUGAAUUAUUGGAGGAAGUUGAAGCAGGGUCACCUGAAGGGCUUAAAGGGACGAAUUACAGAAGCAUGGCAUGUUAACGAGUGCAGGACGUUGAAACGCGAACACGCCAAGUUGGUUCCAAGCAACGAGGCAAAAACCUCAAUCUAAACAUGAGUUUGGAGGCAAAGGGUGGAUCAUCGUCGACUUCUGCCAAUGCAGGACAGACAGAACUGGAGCAAAAAAGAUCUCUACCACCUGUUGUGUUGGCCAAGAUUGAGCGGAACCGACAGAGAGCGCUGAUCCUGCGGCAGGCCAGGCUGGCUAGCAGACCCUACCCUUCUGUUGAUGCAGGUGGCACUGUUGCAAAGUUUGCACCCAAAGUAACAGAUACGGGAGGAGGGUUCUUUCUGGAGGAGGAGGAGGAAGAACUUCCUGAAGUGAAUAAAGUUGUACAUCAACCAGGACCUGUCUUGGAAUUUGAUUACUUAUUAUGUGAAGAAUGCGGCAAAGAAUUCAUGGACUCUUAUCUCAGUAGUCACUUUGAUCUACCUGUCUGUGAUAAUUGCAGAGAUAGUGAAGAGAAACACAAACUAAUUACCCGUACAGAUGCAAAGCAGGAAUUUCUGCUUAAAGACUGUGACUUGGAUAAGCGGACACCUGUACUCAAGUACAUACUGAAGAAAAAUCCACAUAAUACCAAUUGGGGCAAUAUGAAACUUUAUGUAAGGCUGCAGAUAAUAAAACGUUCCCUUGAAGUAUGGGGCAGUGAGGAAGCUCUGCAAGAAGCAAAAGAAGAACGGCAAGAGAAUAGAGAAAAGAGCAAACAAAAGAAAUUCGACAAAAAAGUCAAAGACCUUCGUCGAGCUGUGAGAAGCAGCCUGUGGAAAAAGGAAUCAACUCUUCACCAGCAUGAGUAUGGCCCUGAAGAGGAACACGAGGAGGAGGAUAUGUACAAGAAGACAUGUACCACAUGUGGCCAUCAGUUAGUCUAUGAAAAAAUGUAACUGAUAUAACUUUAUGCUUCCAUAUGUUAUGUAAUGAUUUGGCACUUCAAUAAUUGUAUAGGUUGAUUUUCUUUUAAUAAAUUGAGCAUUUUUGUA